AUGCCAAUUAAGGUAGCAUUAGCAAUUUUCUUAUCCCUUAUCCCUGCAUACGCUCUUAAAGCUAAAGCAGGAAAUGAACUUAUUGAUAUUCCUGAUGAAGUAAAUCAUAUAAAUGCUGUGUAUUAUUCAGGAGCAAAAAAUGAUAGCUAUAUGGAUGCAAUUAAUGAAGUUUUACAAAAACCAGAUGAAAAUUUUAAAUUUUCAGUUUCAAAUGACGCAUACAAAUGCUAUUUUAGCAAAUUCGAUAUUGAAAUUAAUGACGAGCAUAGCGCAAUUCGCAAACUAUUUCGUGAAGAAAAUAAAACAAUAAUAGAAGAUGCUAUAAAGGACUACCAAUUAUUGUUAAUGGGAAAUAUAAAUCAAAGUACUAAAAAAGAAAUAGAUUUGACACAAUUGCCAGAACAUCUUCAACGUAUGGGAGUAAAAUAUUUUGGUGACAUAAGGUCGUCAUUUUUUAAUAAAAAAACCCAUAAUGAAAAGAAAGAUCCAAUGAAUAACGGAGUCGAAAUAAAUUAUGAUGAAAAUGAACUUGACCUAUUAAAAAAUGAAAAUACAGAUUUAUCUAAAGCUAACAAUAAUGAACCUAAUAAAAACAAAUUAAGAAAAAAUGUUAUUAUAUCAUCACAACAAGUUAUAAUACAUAAUAAAAAUGCAAAUGAUGACAUCGAAGAAACAGAAAAUGAAGAAUAUUAUAAGAAUCUUAAUAAAGAAAAAGCUUUAGAAAUAUUAAUAAAAAAUACAAAUUUAAAUAUGAUUGGAGUAUGUACUGCAUUAAAAAAUAAUGAACCUGAAUAUUUGGGUCAAUGUGCAGCUAAACUUAAUAAACAUUAUAGUUCAGUUGCUUGCAAUUCUCAUAAAAGCAAUUUUUUAAGACAUGAUCAAAACAAUAACGAAUUAUCUCCAAUGAUGAUUCAAGACCAAUUAAAUAGUAGAAUGUCUGAAAUGGCCAAAUUUUUUGAAAACCCAGAGGAAGCUGCUGGUAUGUUAUUAUCCGCUUUAAAUAAACCAGGAUUAAUGGAAUCAAUAAAUUCUUUAGAUAUUAUUUCUCAUCUUAAUGAUGACCAAUUCAAUAAAGAUAUGAGCCCAGAAGAAUUAUUCGAUUUAGAUAAUAACGUCAUCCCAAAUCAAUCCACCGAUGACACUGAUUAUGAUCAAACUAAUUAA